AGACAGCUCACGGAAUGGUUGAACGUAGUCGCAGGACGGAGCCAUGGAAAUGAACGACAUAUAUGUGAACCACGUGGUUGUGGAGAGGUCGCCAGGCAGGAGGAUGAAAAGAACCAGUCCCAAGCCAGCAGGGCAUGGAGCAGCGGAGUUUUCUGAUGAUGAAAUGCCUGAUUACGAAAAUAUAUCCGUGAUGACGGACAAGAAGAAUCCCCAAUCUCCAGCAGAAAUGCCUCCCUCAUACCCAGCCCCUACAGCUCCAUCCACCCUCCAGCCUGCCAAAGGGAGAACCCGGGAGCAGAAACACAUGCUGAUGCUGUACCUCCUGGUGGCCAUUUGCUUUCUCAUGUGGAUCGUUCUCCUCUCGCUCACAGUCGUGAACGACCAGAAGGUGACUGGGGAAUUAAAGAGGAUAAACACGUCCCUUUCCCACAGGAUAAACCAAGUGUCUAAGGAGGUGAAAGAAGCCCAGGGUCAGCUAGGAAAGGCAUUGGCAAAACAGAAGGCAGCGGAGACAGCCUCCACGACCAAGGCUCCAAGUUCCUGAGGAGCUCUAAGGGGGAGCAGCCUGCCUGAGCACUGGACUGGGGACCGUGCACUGUGGGUCCCUCUUCUCCACAUCCCACUCAGCCCUUGGUUUCUCUGCCAGAUGGCGUUUGUAUGGCUUGCGGGGAGCUAAGCCGAGACCCUCCCGUGCAUUCCCACCGAGCAGCCACCGAACCUUUUGCCACAACAAACCCGCAUUAGCUUUGAAGUGCUCACCUGCCGUAGAAUCGAAAGGCUCCAGUCCUCUCUCUUGGCAUCACUGUCCGAUAGAGACACAAAGGGCCACCCACGUUCCGAUCUGAGGUGUGAAUCUAGCGUGGUUUCACUCUGGAUCUACCCUGGGCUGGUUGAGCUGGUGCGCAGCUAUCACCAGCCUGCAUGUGGAACAAACCGACGCUCUCAGACAGGUUGGACAGAUGGAGCGAGUAGAAUUGGCCCUCUGUAUUUUUUUCUAACACCCGGGGGUGGGAUUUUCAAGUGCCUACAGGUAACAUUUUCAAAAGCACUUAAGUGACUUAAGAGUAGAGCCGUGUGAAUAACGGGUUUCUCAGUUCGCUGGCAAUCCCCAAAAAACAGGGGGAAAUAGUUUCAGGUUGAACCCAGAACGAAAUUUUCCAA